CACAUUCAUCGCGGAGGACAGCUCUCCAGGAAUCCACCGCCCAUCGACCUUCCUCGACCCUCAUCGAAGCAGCGAUCCAGCGAUCCCUCGAUCCAGACCCGACCUCGUCUGGCUUCGGUGUGUCUUUUCGAGCGAAACCACCACGCGGUUCUUGUUACGUCAUUACAGGUGCCCCGCAGCCGACCAGAAUCUCCUCCUCAUCGUCCCAGCGUCUCAAAGCUCGAUUCUUCUUCCAUCAUGUCCUCUUCUGACAACCCCAUUGCAAAUAUGUCUACCUGUGUUCUCGUUACCGGCGCCACUGGCCUUUUGGGCCGCCAGGUCUUCAAUACUUUCAAGCACUCCGGAUGCCUCGUCGUCGGCCAAGGCUACUCACGAGCCAUCCCACCCACGAUACAGAAGGCCGACUUGGAAAACCCCGAUGCGAUCAGAGCUCUCCUUGACGAAGCGAAGCCUCAGAUCGUCGUCCACUGUGCCGCCAACCGGUCUCCCGACUUGUGCGACAAGAACCCUGAGCAAGCGCGCCGAGUCAACGUUGACGCCACCCGCGUUCUCGCAGAGGAAACGUCGCGCCGUAGUAUCCUGCUCAUCUACAUCUCGACCGACUACGUCUUCCCCGGCAUUGAGGGGGAAGCCCCGUAUGAGGCCGAUGCGGAGACCAAUCCGCCCAACAUGUAUGGCCGGUUGAAGCGGGAUGGUGAGCUGGCAGUACUGGAGGCCACGAAGGAGACUGGUCUCGGGCUGAUCCUUCGCGUGCCCGUACUGUACGGAGUGGCCAAGGACAACUCAGAGAGCGCCGUCAACACUUUGGUUGAUGCGGUGUACAAGGCGCAAGACGAGACUGCGGGGAUCAAGAUGGACGACUGGGCACAGCGGUACCCGACCAAUACGGAGGACGUCGCUCGGGUGUGCCGUGACAUUGUAAUCAAGUAUAUUAAGGAGCGUCGUCGCAUUCAAGAGCUGCCCAAGAUCUUGCAGUUCUCGUCCGAGGACCGGAUGACCAAGUACGAAAUCUGUGAAAAGCUAGCGGAUGUGCUCGGACUGUCCCUGGUAGGGAUGAUCAGGAACAAGGAGGGGAAUGACCCCAACUCGGCCGUGCAGCGUCCCUACGACGUGCAUCUGUCCACUAAGGUGCUGAAGGAUCUGGGGAUUGAAGUUCGGACUGUGGACUUUGUGGCAUGGUGGCGAAAGUAUCUAGGAGCGUACAAGAAAUGAUUGGCGGUCCCACACCAAGGAAUAAAAAUGAAAACUGAGAUAGAGAGAUGCUGCCGUUGGCGGUGGUAAAAGUCCUUUUGAGGUUGCAUCCCAAACGACCGCGAUGUCCAUGGAUUAUUGGUUAAUCACCGACUAAUGGAGAAAUAGCUCGCUAAUAGCAUGCAAUAUUACGU